AUGGCCGACAGCAGGAAACCACCAUUACCGUCGCCGCAUUCCACUUCGUCGGUAUCAAGAGCCGGCAAUACCUCCGCAGACAUGCAUCACGGUCAUUCAUCCUAUGCUAGCAGUCCUUCUCCUCGACAGAAUUCCCGAUAUACUCAACCCGCUUCGCCUCCAAACAAGCGGCAUUCGUCUGGCGGUCCGAGUGAAGGGGAAGGAAGUGAAGAAUUGACGACCAAAGGCCGGAAACGAAAACGUUUGGCAAAAGCUUGCAGUGCCUGUCAUAAAAAUAAAAGACGAUGUGAUGGAUUCGCGCCUUGUGCCAAUUGCGAAUUCUCUUCGAGAGAAUGUCUCUACAUCAAUGCUCAGGGAGAGAUCAUUCCUCCACCACGAACUCGAGAUCCGUCCAAGCAGAGCUCUGCUCCCGAAUCUUCCGUCCCUUUACCACAAAAGCAGCCCCGUAUCGUCACGCCCACCCUCGCUCAACCCAUCACACCUACUCGAGACGACAAGCAUGCACAGAGGAUCAUCGACCUGGUGGACUCGGAUCAGACGUUAUCUGCGGAACUUGUCCAUCUCUUUUUUCACCACGUUCAUCCUUACGGUGCCAUGUUCCACUCCGCCACAUUCUAUCAUCGUCUCUAUCUUGGUCAAGUCUCGCUUGUCCUCAUUCACGCCAUCUACGCCAUCGCCUCUCAUCUCUGUACGAACCCGGUCCUACUGAGCCUUUUACCACCCACGACUCCACCUCACGCCCGAGGCAUGGUUUUUGCCGAACGAGCAGAUGCCAUUGCCAAAAAGAUUCUAGCUUCUCAAAUUGAGCCAAGAGCAGGGUGGGAAGAUACAGAACUUGCUCAAGGGCUGGUCUUGUUGUCUAUUUACUACGCUCAUGGCGACAUUUCAAACUACUAUCUCGAUAGCGCUAAAAAUCUACUCAGAACGCUCGAGACCAGGAACAAUACGUUGGCAGAGUGUAGGGCCAGGCUCUCAUGGAUGAUCACCAUGCACGGGCUUUCAGUUGGAAGUAUUAAAUUCUCAGAUGCUCAAAAGGUCAAUCUAUCUCUUCCGGGUGGUGAAGCCCUUUGGCAGAGAUAUGGCGAGCGAAGCGAUAUGAAAAGAGAUGGAAUUCUGCCAGGAGCUGGGAAUAGACAGACAGUCGCCGGACAAGUGGGGGAGAUAGGCUACGCCAUCCGCAUCCUUUAUAUUUUCAAUAAUAUUUUAUCAGUGGCAAAUUCGACUUCUCGAGACAUGCGCCGGGAUCUGCUGGCAUUGGAGCAGGAGCUCAAGAAUUGGGCCAUGUCGCUCCCGCCGAGCCUUCGAUUCCAAGAGUACACUCUUGCCACUGCAUCCAGUCAACUUGCCUCGCCUCUUGAUUUUGUCUCCCGGUGCGGAUGGUUGUUCGGGCUUAUGCACUGUAUUGCAGAGAGUGGAAUGUACCGACUGCAAGGGGCUUUAGGGACUCUAGGGGAGGAAUGGACGGCCGAAAGGCAAGGUCAAGCUGCGGACAAUAUCAUUGUCAUCAUGGACGCAAUGGGCAGGAAAGGGCGAACUGUCCCACUUAUCCCACUCUUCAUUGUCAAUGAAUGGCAUGCGCGGACCCGGAAUGUCAAGCUGGACCAUCUCAUGGCAAGGUGGUGGCGAGAAGUCAAAGAGGAUUGGGAUCUGGACCCUGCGGUUCUGGCUCGAAGAUUUCAGCGCCGGUUGGACCGGUCGCCUGGUGAAUCCACCCUGGGACUGUACAAUACAUCACCACGGGAUGCGGCCCCGGAAUCCAUCAUGUCAAGUCGGAGCAGCACGAAUCUGGUCACGCCAGGCAUGUGGAAACAUCCGUCCAUGGUGCCUUCUCAAUCGUACCUAAAGUCCCGCUCCGAUAACCUGCUCUCCUACCAUACUGUGCGAUCGUCAUCUGAGGAUGGCUCAGGCGCUGCGACUCAGACUGGACCUCGACUUCCACCUAUCCAAACUGUCGAUCUCAAAUCGCCAACUGGGUACUUUGACCUCCCAAAGAGUAGUCGCUUAUCCGUCUCACCCAUGGGUGUCCCCAAGACCAGUCCCCGUUUCGACCCCUACGCCGGAGUGAGAGACGGUGCAGCCAGUGCUUCACCGAGUUUACCUCAAUUCCAACGUGAGCGUAUGGACCGUAUCAUCCCCCGUCGAAGUCCCGCCGAGACGGCAGAAGAGCCCGUUACGGGGAUCGAUGCGCUAGUCACUGCGGCUGAGGCAAAAUCAAAAGCAAAAGAAUUAGCUGUAUAA